ACAAGUUGAUCGCCGGGUGUGCGACAGAUGUGACGGGGUCAGGUUUGGGAGGGUGCACCAGGCCAGCUUCUCACCUGAUGCUGAUUCUCAGGUGAGGUGUAGGGUACACAACUCCACUAGAAACCGACCAGACGCCCACGUCACGAGAAUGACUCAAAUGUCGUGUAACAUGUUCAGGUGACUACAGGUGUGCACUCCUACUCGAAUCCUCCGUAGUAUGUCGUCUGUGAAAUAAUUCGUGAACAUUCCUUAUCUCUCGCAUAUUUACAACAAAAAGUCAUCAAUGUCUACCACGAGCGCAGGUUACAAUCAACGCCUCCAAAACCAGUUCCUCCAGAUUCUUGUUGCUAUUUUUAGCCUGUUGACGCUGUCGUCUGACGGCCGGCCCCCACCAACACAGACAGCCACUUUACCGCACGAGUGAGCGGCUUGCAGACGGGACCUGUCCACCAGCCAUUGCUUCGUGUCUGCUUCAACCAAAAAGCACUGAAACCAAUAAGAGUCUAUCGGGGUAUCCUGCAAUGGAGAAACGUGUCUGACGCGUCCAAGAUGGCGGCCGCUCCGCCCGACGGUAGGAGCGAGACCUCCACCGCCAGCUCUCAUGACGACUCCGACGUGGUGACAGCUGCGUGUGGUUCGGAGCCCUCCUCGAGUCUCGAUCGUUUCCAGUGGGCGGAAAAUGAGGACAAGCUGGAGGACUUUGACAAUGUGGACAAACUGCCGUGUGUAGGGAGGAUAGAAGAAGGGGGUGCGCCGUGUGCCGACGGUCAGAGACGGGGGCUGGCACCCGGUCUGAAGAUCUACGCCGGUCAGCCACUGCUGAUGUUUAGCCGCGUCACAAAACGUCAGGCAGUGGCGCGAACUAUCUACCGCGACAACAGCGGCGUCUACCUGGAGAUCGGACAAACAGUUAUCGUUCCUGACGACUAUUCAGGCUGGUUUGAACUAGUUCCUCCCGACUUUCGGCGUGCGACGUGUUUCCGGUCUAUAGCGGAAGUGGCAGACACCAUGCCGCGCAAGUUCUUCACCAGGUCAAACCUUAAGGUCAUCAGAAUUGAAAAGGGAGAUGAUGGAGAGUCUCAGUACGUGGAGCGCAAGGUGCCUGCCGGCUCGUUCCUCAGAACGGAGGAGGUGGUGACCGCCAAGUGGAGGACCAGCGUGCAGACCGGCGUCAUCCACAAGAAACAAAAGGACUGGGAGACACAGGAAGUGAAGUACCUGAAGUGCGUGGACAGUGAUCAGAAGGAGAUGCUCAUACCGCUGAGUCACGGUGGAAAGUUCAACGCCAUUUAUGAGAAGGGGAAACUAAACAAACACUCUGUAUACAGCAUGAAGGACAUCCUAUCCGACCUCAAGCUGCCUAUCAAGGUAAGACUGCUGUUUGGCAAAGCACCCGUCGUGCCCUGCAUUUUCACAGGCAUGCUGUGCGUACGCGAUGUGCGAGAGGAUGACCUCAUCAUCUGCAGCACCAUCCUCAACCGUCGCAACGUCCUCCUCGACCUGCCCGUCACCGCCCCCUGCACAGUGCGGCUGGCCACGCGCGAGGACGACUUCUCUCACCUGCCCACCUUUGUUGACGCGCAGACGCUGUGUGCAAAAUACGCCCACAUGUACAGCAGCAUGAUCAAACUGUCCCCUGAACUCGACACAGGUCAAAAGGUUAUCCAGCACGUGCCCUCUGACCCCGAGCUAGCCAAGCAGACUGGUGACGCGUUGCGCGCCCUGGACCUCAUCACGGACAUCAGUCUGACGGACGAGCCCGUGGACCUGUUCAUGGAGUCGGACACGGAUUCCGUGAAAAGCGACGAUGCUUCGGUGAUGCUUGCUGGCACCAUAGUGGAGCUGCAUGCUCACCAUGACAACGGACAGUCGACCACUAACGCCUAGCAUCACGUGUUCCUCUUGCCUUGUGUUCGCUGGCAACGGUUUCCAGGGAGCUAUGACAACAAACUGUGGAUAGUCCAGUCACGUGGGCUUGCAACAUUCAAGUAUCCGACACGCUUUUAUUGCAUACACGUCUAUCGCAGUUACACUUAUUGUCGCAAGCUUUGAACACUUUGAGAUGCUGGAAUGUCAACCUUGCCGAAUCCAUUGGACACUUUGUCCGUUAAACUGUAUAUAUAUAAAUAAUUCGAUUGAUUGAUUUAUUGACUGACUGAGUAAUCAAUCGAUCGAUUUUCAAACACUGAAUUGAUCUGAUUUGUAAGGAGGUGCACUUCGGUCGAAUCAUCUUCUCUGUCCUCUGAAUGCGAAAGUUGUCAUUGUACUCUUUGCGUUGGAUGACUCACCAUCGGUAGCCUCACCUCGGGGUUACACCAGCCCAACAGCUGUGUACGAUUGACUAUGGUUUACAUCAGUGGUAACAUUCUAUUUCGGGGGAAAAAGGACUAAAAAUAUUUCACUGUUCUCCAAAUACGAAACUAGUCCUAGGAGGCUGCCACGAUACACACAUUUUGUCAACUAAAUGUAAUAUACUCUCGCUUAUUUGCUGCUCUUUUCGAAAAAAGCUCUCCUUUUCUUAUAUAUUUCUUAUAUAUAUAUAUAUAUCUUUAUAUGCGUGAGUAUGUGUGCGAGAGAUAAACAUCAUGCAAUGAGCUACUGAGGAUUAAUUUAUUUACGAGAGAGAGAAAGUGUAAAGACUUUCAGAAAAGAAUGAUAAAGAGACUGACGAAACAAGUCACGUGGUAUGUGCCGACAUAAAAAUGACUUUAAACCGGAAAUAAAGAGAAUUCGUUAUGCAA